GGAAACGGAAACAUGCAUAUCUAAUUGUUUAUCGCGCCAGCCCCAACUGUAAAAAAACGGUGAACAAUCUCACUUACAUGCCGAUCACUCUAUGAGGAACGAGAUCGAUAAAGUAGGUAGCUUAAUGGCAAAUAUGAAAGAAAUUAGUGAGAGUGAAAAUGAUCAGUCUAAAAGAAAAACAGUUAGAAAAGCAAGAACUAGGGGUGGUGGAGUUAUGGCCACCAGAUCAAGAACAAAUGCCUUAAAAAGAAAUCAAAAAGAAGAUAUUUGUGAAAAUGGUACCGAAGAGAAGGUUGUUCAAUCAGUUUUUAUAUGCGAAAUAUGCGAUCUUAAGUUUGAAUGCAAAGAGAGUCUUUUAGCUCAUAAACGAAGGAAUCAUCUCUCUAGUGGUACAACAUCUUCAACACCUCCUGAGAGAAUGUCGACUGAAGAGCGAAGGAGAAAGUUAUCGAAAUUCACUGACGCUCAGAUAAUUUCGAAACUAGUAGAAAAAGGUGCCAUCUUCCAAUGCAUUUGUGGAAUGAUAUUUAAGGAACAAACCUUGUACUUCCUGCAUCGAGGUUGCCAUAAUUCCGAGGAUCCCAAAAAAUGCUCUUUUUGCGAUUUCAAGGCGCAGGAUUGGUACGAUUUUACAACGCAUUUUUUCAUUCACAAGAAGAAGAACGACGGAGGAGUUUUUAAUGAUAUUAGUCAGACUUACUCGCAUUUUUUACCGGUAUCUCAAACCGUUCAAUGGUCGGAUAAUACACAGGACUUACCGCAUUUUUCCAGUAUCCUACCACCGAUUGCUACCAUAUCAAGGGCAGCACCAAGUCAUCAGGACGUCGUUCCGAAUUCAACGCAUGCGCAGUAG